AAUCUCAGAAGGCUCUUGCAAGGAGUGUUAGGGGUCACUAGAAGUACAUGCUUGAGGAAGAAAGAGGAGACCAAACCUCCAGAAGUCUGAAAUUAUACUGGAAUUCAUUAAGGGGGAACAGCCUCUAGAAAUGCCCAGGAAAAGUGACAAGUACAAAUAGUUCCUUUCAUUUUGGUGCACUUGACUCCCAGUCUCUUUGCCCAGAGUCAGUAUUUGGGUGUCAGGCCCUCUGCCCAGCAGGUGAAGUCCUUGAUUUCUGUUGGUUUCAGCCAUCAGCGUGUGCGCUGUGAAUCACAUUUACAUGGCAAAGCCUCAGUCUUCAAUUCCUGCUGCUUCUUGGCGGGAGUUUAUUCAAUCUGUUCCAUUUGGCUGAGACUCUUAUCCUGGCUUGUGGUCUUAUUUACAGCGUGAUGGCAGAGUUAUUUCCACUCCAAAGCUCUGUAGUGAUAUUGUCCAAAUGCUUCGGGAUGAGAUAUGGCUGGAGAUCUGCAGGGAGCUGAACUUAAUUUAAAUUCUGCAGGAGCUAUCUGUUACUUUCAGCCAUUUAAAAAAUAAUAUAAAAUGUAGACUUUGGGAAUGGGGGUUGAAACUUGUGGUCUCUCCUUGAGAGACACUGUCUGGUCUUCUGAGCCAUCACGUGAAUACAUUAUUUCUGGACCUCAUAUGUAAAUGUUUUCCAUCAUAUUGAUACUGUUCAGGGAAUAUGUAGAUGCAUAAUGAUGUAGGUGCAGUUUAUGCUUUAAAAUCUGAAUGCAGAACCGUGGAUUUGGCAAAGAGCCAAGGAAAAGAAGUUUUGGUUCGCUCAUGUUCAGGGAGGAACUGUUUCAGGAAAUCUUGAACUACACAGCUCCAAAUAUUCAUGCUGAUACUGUAGAAUACAAGCUUUAAUUGUUUUCUCUUAUUUUUGCACUUAAGACAAAUCAGUGUCUUAAAACAUUUUUUUGGGAGGACAAGCAUGUUCUUUGAACAAAGUACAUUCCACUGAAUUUCCAGUGGGAUUUCAAAGUAUUGCGUGUUGGCUAUUUGUCCAUGUGCACAGUUAUAUACCACAAUUAAGGUGAAGUACGCUAUUCCUCAUUCAGUGACUUGUGAUGAACCACUUACUUUUGCUGUUGGGUGUACUAAUGUAAGAUUUGGUUCGUUUGUUUGUUUAAUGUACUGGCAGUUACUGCAGGACAUUUUACAUGCAAUAAGGUACUUUACUCUGACUUUGGUGUCCAAGUCCUAAUAUUGCCCCUGCCUUGGCUUGAUCAUUUUCAGGAUAAUUUAGAUAUGCAUGUUGAUUUUACAGUGCUUUAUAAAUUUGUCACCUGAAUCAGUCCUGUUUGGCUGCCUGUUGAGAGGAUUAUCUGAAGAGUGAAGGUGGAGGGUGAUCGAGAAGCACAACUCGAACACGGCUGGCGGUGGCACUUGUGUUUGCCACAGACCGUGGUGUGUUGGCAUAAGGCCAGUUGGACUGGUCAGCACAGAUGAUGAAGAAUACUGUGGAGGUGGAGAGCUCCCUGGAGAUGUCUGGCUCAUAUUGCUCCAAACUGUCUGGACACUUGCUGUGUAACUGCUGAAGCUUUCUUACCAUUUGUUUUUUCUCCUGAAGCCUUAAUCUACUGAGGGAUCGGGACUGGCUGCUGUGAUUUCAGGAAUCAAGACCAACUAAAACAUGAGAAGGUGUAUUCAAGAUGAUCCAUCCAGAAGACUUUUCACUUCAUAGAAAUCUCAUUUUUGUUUAAUAUGUGAUAUAAUUUGAAAAAGCCAAGUUCAAUUACUUACCUUGAAAUUAAGACACACCUGUGGCCUUCAUCAGAAAUGUUUCUAACAUUUUCAAGAAAAAAUAUGUCCCAGAAACUGAGUAUGUUUUUACUAGUGUUUGGAAUCAUCUGGGGUUUGAUGUUGCUACGCUACACUUUUCAGUAUCCAAGACGCCAAAGCAGUGCUGAGUUGCGUGGACAGAUAUUAGAUCUAAGUAGAAGAUAUGUCAAAGCACUGGCAGAGGAAAAUAAAAAUGUAAUGAAUGGUGGCGGUGGAACCUCUAUGGCAGGAUAUGCUGAUCUUAAGAGAACAAUUGCUGUUCUUCUGGAUGACAUCUUACAGCGCCUCAUAAAAUUGGAAAACAAAGUUGAUUACAUUGUUGUGAAUGGCUCAGCAACAAAUACAACUAAUGGAACAAGCAAUCAGGUGCCAGUAACUUCAAAUAAACGUGUGAAGCCAGCGAGCAACAUUAGAUAGCAAACAAGGCUGCUUUGCUGCAUCUAUGAUACAUAAUAUUUAACAUAAGCUUUUUAUCUCUGGCUACGACAAAGUGAUAGUUGGCUCUAAAAGAAGCAUAAACUAUUCUGUUAUACGAUGUGCUGGAUCUAUGUAGGCCUAACUUAUGUGCAUAGGUUCUUAAAGCAUUAUUUCAUUGCCUUAGAGCAGUAUUGCUGACGUGAUCUUUGUUGUCUUUAAAGAUAUUUUGAUAUCCUAAUUUGAUGUAGGAUGCCAUUGGAUAAUAACAAUAAAUGGAAAGCAAUGGGGAACUUGUAGGUUUCUAAAUAUAUUUAUUUAAGUAUAAAUAUAACAUAUCUUUUGGAUAGGUGAGCAGUAUUGUAGUUCAUUUUUUUUGUGAUCUAUGUUAAGCUGAGGUAAUUGAGGAAAAUGCAUUGUUAAACAGAUGUUAGAAAAUGUGUAUACUUAUAAUAUUUUGUUACUCAUUUACUAAAACAAUAUUAAAUUAAGGAUAGCAUUUAAAAAAUAUGACCCAAAGAAUGUCUUUAUUUGCACUAUCUGUGAGACUAGCUAGAGAGAAUUUACUGUAUAUUUAAAAGAAAAUUAAUUUUAAUAGGAAAACAUGCUAGGUAGUAACACUGUCCAGGUAUAUCUUUACACCUGAGUUAGGGCAGUUAGUUUAUCAACAGCAAGUAAUAACCUGUGAUAUCUUAGAUUAUUAUUUCUUACAAAGAUAUUUAAGUGUAUGUAUUUUGUAAUUGCAGAUAAAAUUAUUUAAGUGAUGGAAAUAAGUUUUGGAUCUGUGAAUACUGUUUAUUUGUUGCUGUUUCUUUUUAACUUUAUAGUACCUUGCAAUUUGUGCUAAGUAUAUAGCAUACCAUCUCCCUGAAUUGCUUUUUUGAUCAGGAGGAAAAGCAACGAAGGGAAACCAGGCAUCUCUGCAUUUAACAGAGAUGUGCAUACUAGGGGUGUCUUAUGGAAUGUGUGAGAGCUAAGGUGAUGUUUGCCUUAGGUCUCCGUUAGCCUUACAGCGCACUGAGCUGCAGCGUGGAUGCACUGGAUUUCAAAAUGUCACUGAAGUCAUAUUAAAGAGAAAGUGCCACUGAGCCUGUUUCUUAAAUCGUACUGAAUGCUGUGGGGGGAGGGAGGGUAUGUUACAUUCAGGGACUUUUGUCAAAAUUGUGCUGUGGGUGGGGUAUUGGGGGUAAGUGGGGGUGAUGUAAUCCUAUAUUAAGGAAAAAAAACCCAUCAGUAAAACUGGAGGUGCUGGAUGAUAUACAAUCCAAGGUUAUGCGUUUUUUCUUUUAUUCCAUUUCUGUGCUGAUAUUCUGGACUAUUAAAAAGGAAAAUACAGUUACAAUCUUAGCAUCCAGAUAUUUUUUUUCUGUUACAUUGUGUGUAAACAUGCACUCACUUCAAUGCAGAAAGAGAAAAAUAAAUUUUUAAUUGUACUUGUAAA